AUGUCUCAAACGAGCUAUUACCGAUCGCCGUUCGGAGACACGACCCACACCAAAGUUUUCGUCGGAGGUUUAGCAUGGGAGACUCCGACCGAGGAAAUGCGUCGUUACUUCGAUCAGUUCGGAGAUAUUCUCGAAGCAGUCAUCAUCACCGAUAAGACCACCGGAAAGUCUAAAGGCUACGGUUUCGUCACGUUUCGCGAGGCGGACUCAGCAACGAGAGCAGUCGCCGAUCCGAAUCCUGUGAUCGACGGAAGAAAGGCGAACUGCAAUAUUGCUUCUUUUGGACGUCCCCGACCAUUGACGCCUCGAGGGCGGGGACAAGGAGGAAGCCCUAGUCAAUAUCAAGGAGGAGGACAAUUAGGCUAUACCGGAAUGGCUGCUCCGCUUCAGCAGGCUCCGACCGGCCAGCUCAUGUAUCCGCAGUACGGGUACACCUACAAUUCUGACUAUGGGUACCACCAAGCGUUAUACAACACACAACUCCAACAAGCACAAUACUAUCAACAGCAAAUGUACGGAGGAGGAGCAACAUCACCAUCAUCAUCCAACAUCAUGCCUUCCCCUUACUACUACUUCCAAGCUCCAAGCCCUAGACCAUAUCCUCAACAACAUCAUCAGCAAUAUUAUGCUCAACAUGUUCAUCAUCAGCAGCAGCAACAACAACAACAACGCUUACCUUCUGCUUCUUCUUACCUAAUUCACCCAUCCACUUUCGAGGCUCAUACUUCCUCUAACGCCCCUCCUUCCCAAGGGCUAAUAUCUUCUUCCACCGAAUCACAAGCACCACAUCAAGUCUCAGGAGAAGGAGAAGAGUUCGAUGAAACGGCUGCACCUGAAAGUACAACCACGAACAACAGAGAGUAG